AUGGCUGGUUUGGAAUAUGAUUGCUCUUACCCAGAUGCAGAUGUACAUCAUAUAAUUUUAGAUUGGAUGGAUAAUAACAUGGAUCUUAAUUUCAUUAGAUGUGUGUGUAUCAUUUGGAAUCUGUGGAAAACUAGAAAUGAUAUAAUUUUCUCUAGAGGGAACUUUGCAACUACAAAAAUUAUCAAGAAGGCUACACAGGAUUUUGAACUUUGCAUGGAGAACUAUUUAGGUACUCGUAUUUCUCAAUCUUCAUCUCAGCAAUGGUCACCACCAGCUCCUCAGUAUGUAAAAAUUAAUGUGGAUGCAGAUUUUAUUCCUAACAAUGGUGCUGCAGGAGCAGUGGCUCGUGAUCAGAAUGGUAAUUUUCUAGGUUGUACUUCAACAACAUUUAUGGUAACUUCUUCAUUAUUGGCAGAAGCAAUGGCUUGCAACUUGGGAAUACAGUUGGGUCUCAGAUUCAAUUUUAGUAAAAUAGAGAUUGAAGGGGAUGCCGCUAAUGUUACUGAGGCAGUUCUGGGUGAAGUAAGAAACAUCCCUUGGAGCAUUCGUUCUAAAAUUUUAAAAAUCAAGGAUGUUGUACACUCCUUUGAGGAUGUAAAGUUUCAACAUGUACCUAAAGAUGUCAAUUUCUUGGCUCACUCUUUAUGCCAAUAUGCGAUGCAUAACAAUGUAAAUAUUUGGUGGAAUGCAAAUUCUCCACCCUCUUGUAUUUCUUCAAACCUCAAUUAA